UCUGGAAAAUGUUCUGUCGUCACAUGUAAUAUUAGUGUUAAGUAACGUGAAUAAUUCAUCUUCGAUACAUCAGGCACUAUAGCCGGAAAUGAAAUUUUCAACGAAAAUUGUAGUUCAACAUUUUAUGUGACUAUUAAUUCUGUACCAUGUAUGGAUACUUCUCGGAUGUAGGUGUCGACACUUCUGCUGCCGUCCACGCAGGGACUGUCAAUCUAGUUAAUCCCGUUGUAACUCUAAAUGACAGAGACUAAUAGCAUUUCAACAAUGUAACCCGGAACCCAUCUGUGCUUGGAGCUUUGCGCAUCUCCUACCACUGCAUGUCCGCGAUAUGGAACAUACCAAGGAUCGAUGUGACCAAAAAGAACAACCGUCGACCUCGGACCUGAUUGUGUUAGUUGUGGAAAUAUGAAGGUAGUAGUGAAAUUCAUGCAAUGUUUCGUCGUCCUUACGACACUGUACCAGCUCCUGGAGGCAAACCAUUCAGUAAACCAGAAGAAUCAUACACGACAGGAUAUACUCCGACAGCUAUUAGAUGACGGUACAUAUGACUCCAAAAUAUCCCCAGAAUACGAGGAAGAUACUCCAACGUCUGUGACCAUACAGAUAUAUGUAAUGAGCAUCGACUCGCUGAAUGAAGCAUCUAUGGACUACACAGUGACUAUAUUCCUACGCCAGAAGUGGGUAGAUACUCGCUUGAAGUACACGCCAGUACCGGGGAUUAAUAUGUUAGAACUGGACAAUCGUCUGAUAGACCAGGUCUGGGUACCGGAUACAUUUUUCGCUAACGAGAAAUCAGCUAGCUUCCAUUAUGUAACAGUACCUAACAAAUUGAUGCACCUUUACGCAAACGGGACCGUGUUUUACAGCGUCAGAGUUUCCAUGACUUUGUCAUGCGACAUGAAUCUGUUGGCCUAUCCAUUGGAUUCUCAGAAAUGCCAUAUCGCCUUGGAGAGUUACAGUUACACUACAGACAAUGUGGUGUUCGAGUGGCACCCCUUCCAGGCAUUAGAGAUACAAACAGACCGGCUUCUUCCUCAGUUUUACUUUUCUGGAAUACCAACGGUAAAGGACAGCUGUCAAAAAAACUACGGGGAAAGCGGGAACUUCUCUUGUCUGGAGGUCACACUUCAUCUCACUAGGAACACCGGCUAUUAUAUUGCACAAAUCUUCAUCCCAAGUAUCCUCAUCGUCAUGUUGUCCUGGGUCUCGUUUUGGGUGGACGCGGAGGCUACGCCUGCUCGAAUCUCCUUGGGUGUCCUAACAGUUCUAACCAUAACGACGCAAGGUUCCGGUGCACGCUCCACUCUUCCACGCGUGUCUUACAUCAAGGCUAUUGACAUAUGGAUGGCUACUUGUCUCAUGUUUGUGUUCGCCUCCCUCCUAGAGUUUGCUUACAUCAAUGUUCUGUCACGUAAACGUCGCUCCAAACUACUACCGUCUUUAGGCAUUGGUCCUGAUGGGAUGUUAAACACUCAGGCAAUGAACGGCAACGGUAAAAACGAUAUGAAGCGGGAAUCGAGCGCUGAGCAGGUCACCUUUACAGAUAAAGCACGAAUGGUGGAUAAAGUGUCGAGAGUUAUCUUCCCUUGCGCGUUUGCGCUCUUCAAUCUUGUAUUUUGGUCAUAUUUCCUUACCAACUCAGAAUAAAACUCAGCCCCUCACAACAGCGAUAAACAUUCGAACCAUUACAACAGAUUUUGGAAGAUCUAUGCCGUCACACUUAAUUAGCAGUGAUCAGAUCCCACUGUCAUUACUUUGCUUGGUUAAGAGGAAGUCACUUUAUAUAGGACACAAUGUUAUGGACGAGAACAAUCAAGGUUCUUAGCUGAUGUGUUUAAAACAAUUAAGUGUUUGGAGUCGAAAUUUGUGCAUGGUUUUGCAGAUAACAUUGUCCGGACAAUAUUGUAAAACUUCAUUAAUAUAUUGUUAAGAAAACCGUUUUUUAAACACAUUUUAUGUUGUUAACGUUUUUUUUCCAUUUGUUAUCUAAUAGCGAACACAGCCUUGGUUUAGCUGAUGAUCUACACCUUUUACUGGUGUUACAGACUCAUUUCAUCAUCAAGUUAUUCGUUGAGAUGAUAUUUAUUAGCCUUGUAUGAAGAUGUCAUUAACAGUUAUGUUCUUAUGUUUUAUUGUAAUAUAAAUGCUGUGUGUUUGAUUGUCUGGUAUAAUUAUGAUAGGAACGAACAUGCCUCAAUCAAAAGUACAUUAAGGAAAGAUGUACAUGUAUGGUAACAAUGGAUGAAUCCAUUGUCUAGAAUAUAUAUAGAUUAUUGCCAAAGAGUAAAUAUUGAUAUUUUCAUUUCGGAGUGACUAGUUCCCUCUACUUAAAACAUUCCAAUUUGCUCUCCAUUUUUUGUACGUAUGAACACUGAAGGAAAACUUCUAUGCGAAUUUGAUUCUCACAAUAUUUAUCAGUGUCCCAAACUCUCUGAUAAAACGUUUACCGUAGGUUAGAAACAGUCGGUGGCUGUGCUGAUGGCAAACUUCAAUAUCACGUCUACAGUUUAUAAAUCUCACAAUGUUUACUAGAAUCAAUAGAAAUGCUAAGAAAGGAAGCAACUUUUUGUAGAUUUUCUUUGUAGAAACGAAAAGCCUAACAGAGUAAAAAAAAAAAUCUACAUCAAUGUCCAUUUCGUCCAUUUAUAACUCAUCAAUGGUUCGUAACGUCAAAAUAUUGACGACUCAAUGCCAAAAGGGUUCCGAAUCUUAUACAAACUUCAGCGAAAAGGAAGAUCUGCUUUAAAAUCCUUCAAAACGUUACAUACUAACAAUGUUAGGCUAAAUAAGAUAUUCCAGUCAUUGGAGAGACGACAUCAAUAGACUGUCAUUAAAUGUUUCCUUGUAUCUGCAUUUGAAAGCAUCAUUUUCAAUGUUUUGAAUCUCUUUAGUUAAGAGCAUCGGUUUAUCAACCAGCCUUUCGAAGAGAGCAGAUUUCUGCACAGAUAACUAAAAAUGUGAAAAUGAGGAUGGGUAGUUUUGAAAUUGGUUCAUAGACAUAAUUCUCAGGAAAUCCAUUUCAUUUUUUUUUUACAGUUUCUCAAUUUCUUGAUCAUAUUGUAAUAGGGGUUUGGUACUAGCUCCCAUCUUAUUCUCCUACUUGUUUAGAUAAGCGUUAGCAUUUUAUAUUUUAUAUUUUACCAAUAAAACCUUGUACAUUGUUCUUUAUAUAGUGAUUUUUGUUCGGGUUUGCUACGUACGGUGCCGGGAGAAUGCCUAUAAAGGUAGUCAUGUUUAUACGUGAUACUUUAUUCAUUUUUAUGUUAUUAUACAUUUUUAUUAAACAUAUGAUAUUUUGCU